GAAAAUAUGUCUCAAAGAAAUAUAAAAUAAAGAAGGCAAAUAUAAGGAAAAAAAGGAAAAGAAAAAGAGAAGAAAUUACGAAAAGUCAGCCAACCCCUUCCACAGUGCAGAGUCCACUCUAGUUUUGCGAUCUGAAGGAAAGAAAGCCGAAGCAGCACUUCUCACAGGCGCAUUUCUCCUCAGUCCCUCCCAAACCGAAACCAUGCUGAAGCUCCUCAGUGUCCUCACCUUCCUAACCCUAACCCUCCCAUUUCUCACCCACUCUUUCUCGCCGGACCACCCAACCGAUCGCCGGAUCCUCGUCUUGCUCGACGACCUCGCCUUCAAAUCCUCGCACUCCUUGUUCUUCAAGUCCCUGCAAUCUCGAGGCUUCGAGCUCGAUUUCAAGCUCGCCGAUGAUCCCAAGAUCUCCUUGCAGCGUUACGGCCUGUAUAGCUAUGACGCCUUGAUUCUCUUUUCUCCUUCGGUCGAUCGGUUUGGAGGGUCCAUUGACCUGGCUGCUAUACUUGAUUUUGUGGAUAGCGGUCAUGAUUUGAUCAUUGCAGCUGAUACCAAUGCAUCUGAUUUGAUCCGACAAAUCGCAGUCGAGUGCGGAGUUGAUUUUGAUGAGGAUCCAGCGGCUAUAGUCAUAGAUCACACAAGCUAUGCAGUUUCCAACACUGAAGGAGAUCAUACAGUUAUUGCUGCUGAUGAUUUCAUCAAGUCUGAUGUAAUUUUAGGAAGUAAGAAAAUUGAGGCUCCUGUACUUUUCCAGGGGAUUGGCCAUACGGUGAAUUCUGAAAAUAGCCUGGUUUUGAAAGUUCUCUCAGCUUCACCUUCAGCAUAUUCUGCUAACCCCAAAAGCAAGCUGUCAAAUCCUCCUUCUCUCACUGGAUCUGCUAUAUCUUUAGUUUCAGUUGUGCAGGCAAGAAACAAUGCUCGGGUUUUGAUCUCUGGUUCAUUAAGUUUGUUUAGCGAUAGGUUUUUCAGAUCUAAGGUUCAGAAGGCUGGGAGCCCAAAGAAACAUGAGAAAUCAGCUAAUGAGCAGUUUCUGACUGAACUUAGCAAAUGGGUUUUCCAUGAAAGAGGUCAUCUCAAGGCUGUGAAUGUAAGACACCACAAAGUUGGGGAAGCAGAUGAACCUGCAAUUUACAGGAUCAACGAUGACUUGGAAUAUUCGGUGGAGAUUUAUGAAUGGCAUGGAAAAAGUUGGGAGCCAUAUGUUGCUGAUGAUGUUCAAGUGCAGUUUUAUAUGAUGAGUCCCUAUGUUCUGAAAACCUUAUCGACUGAUCAGAAGGGCAGUUAUUUUACAGCGUUUAAAGUUCCAGAUGUUUACGGGGUGUUCCAGUUCAAGGUUGAGUACCAGAGGCUUGGCUACACAAGUUUAUCCCUAUCAAAGCAGAUUCCUGUUCGGCCAUUUAGACACAAUGAAUAUGAAAGAUUUAUACCAGCAGCUUAUCCCUAUUAUGGAGCAGCAUUUUCUAUGAUGGCAGGCUUCUUCGUCUUCACGGUUGUCCACUUAUACAGCAAGUAGCUUUAGAACAAUUUGUCAGGGAAGAUGUACCGCGGGGACCAAGAGCUUGGGAAUGGAGAUUUUGAUAGGCAAUAGCAUUACGCAGACUUUUCUAUAUUAUAGGACAAAUUAUGUCGUUGAGGAACUGCUAAUUAUGCCAAUCCUUUUAAUUCAUCCAGUUAAUAGACACCAUAUCUCCUAGGCCGCCAUGGGCGUUUAUACAUUUAAAAGUUACUCUCGUGCCAAAAAUGCCCAUCAGAGAGAAAUGAGAAAACUGGUUGAUUUAUGGAGGCUGUAGGAGUGUUCUGAAAGAUGGUUAAUAUCUGAAAAUUCUAUUUUAUGAUUGUGUUAUUUUA